AUGAUGAAAAGUAAAGAGAAAUCCAAUCAAAAUGCAGCAAAGGAGUGGCGAGAGAGGUCGGAGCCUCUCCUCGCCGUGCCUGAGGAUGAAAGCGAAAACCCACUACACUCGUUGCCGAGAUUGAGUGUGGUUUUACCGUGUAGCAGCAGCUCGAGUGUCGACCGCGUGGCAGUACUGUCGCGACGGAAACCCUACUCUCAUGGCGAUGAAUCAAUGACAGUAGUAAUAUCAGCGUUUUAUGCUAAGCUGUUAAUAGUUUUGGGGCUAGCACUUCCUAUAACAAGCACAAUUCAAAAUGAACUUAAUACAAAUUUAACGUCAGAUAUAUUUACAAUUUAUUUAUACAUCGUUAGUAUGAUCUUCUUGGGAUACAUAUUCUAUCAUUUGAGUAGAGUGAAAAAAUAUAAAGAAGAUAAUGUUAAGCGGACACGUUACGGCAGUUUUUACUUGCACAUGGGUGUUGCGGGCUUCAGCGUAGGGUCCAUUAUUUACUCAUGCUUACAAAUCGCAGAGUACUUCGAUCUAUCCGGAGACUGUCAGUUGAUGAUAGUGGCCUUGAAGCCAAUACUUCGCAUCCUCUUCAUGGUGGCUCAAACCGUUUUUAUUUUUUCCUACACAGACAUAUUAGAUCCUAUGCGAGGUGUGGUGCUCGACAGAUUCGGCAUGAUGCAUUUAAUUGCUACAAACGUUUGUGAGUGGCUCAACAUCGUCAUACAGGAAACUAGAGAUGACAUUAUCGCUCUCGCUUACAACAGCCCACCGUUUAUUAGAUACACUAAUAUUAAAGAACCUACCAAUUUGUAUGUAGUGGAAGCAACCGAUGAUAUACACUUUGUACAUAAAAAUUAUACUCAUCCUGUUGUAUUAACACGGAAUACAACAUCAAUAAAUGAUUCCUGGAGCUGUAAUAUAUCGGAUAUAAUUACGCCAUUAAUUAGAACGGUAAACCCUUACUUGCGGCCUUGCGGGGUCGAAUACAGUCUUUUGUGUUCGAUAAUCUUAGCGGUCAUAUGGAACGAUAUCUGUACUGUGCCUGGAUCGAAAACGUUGAAGAACCUGUCUUCUAAAGGACUUAGAAAAGAGGAUCGGCAAUGCUGCGCAAGGGUGAAAUCCAACAAUCACUUCUCAGUGGACUGUGGAAGUGCCCACAAGGGACUUUUUAUGGGAAUAGCUGUGCUCGCUGGCACUAUAGUCAGUUUAAUGUUAUUUAACGGACUAUUUCAAAAAGACAAGCAUAUAGAACUAGCUUUACUACAGAUUAAUAUAUGGGAGACAGUUCUGUUUGUCCUGAUGACAAUCGGUUCAGGAGCGUGUAUCCAAAGAAUGCGUCUACUUUCGCUACGUCAAGCUACAACUGCUAUGCCGUUAGAACAUGCAUUGCUUCUUGUCACACAAUGUGGUGUCUAUCUCUAUUAUUUGUUCCAAAUAAUUGGAGCUGGGUUUUUUUUGCAACGAUACCCUGAAGGCCGUAGGGCAACGAGGAUCAUAUCUCCGCUAUGUGCGGUGAUACAAAGCUCUUGCCAAACGUUACUGGUAUUAGACGGAUGGUCGAGACGAUCAGCGCCAGGACAUGGAAGAAGACCAGGACGACAAUUAGUAACUUUUCUCCUCGUUGGCAACUUCGCAUUGUGGCUACUUAAUCGUGUGAAGAACGCCCGAGCAGAAUAUCAUCCUCUACAGAUGGAGUUUUUUGGAGUAUGGGCCUGGACACUUAUAACACACGUGUCGGUGCCACUGCUCGUUUGCUACAGGUUUCAAGCAACAGUGUGUUUUUACGAGAUUUGGAAGAACUCGUACAAAAGAAAAGGUGUCAUAAAUGAUCGCGUAAACGAGUUUGAAUUAAAAAAUCAUGUGGCAUAA